GGUGCGUGCAGUGCAGUGCGUGUGUGUUCUCAUCACCCGCUCCCCCCAUAAACCUUUAUUUCCAUAUAACUUGGGCGCUGUAAACAGAGUGAUUUUGCAGUUUAAGCAGUGUAGUCACUUCCGACGGUGACGCCAGCCGCGCGUAGAAUUAUUUUUUUCGGAGCACACCAUUCGACGAUUCGAUGCGCGCACGGCAGCUUUAGCUUUCAGUUUUGUCGCCCGUGAAGUCGGCUUCACCACAAACCCACGAACCGCGCCGGCGACAAGAUGUGGUUGACACUAUACGUUCGAUUAGCGGAGGUGUCGCUCAGGACAGUGCCGACGCGCUAAAUACGCUCGGGAAAACGAGGCGUCACAAAUUCGACGGAGAUGUUCCAGUUGUUCGAGACGACGCGACUUCUCUCCCUGCCGUCGUCUCGCCGUCAUGACGGCGUUCGGGCGUCGGUGGUUUUAUCAGCGUACGUCGAGAACGCCGACUGGCAGAUCUUGGUUCUCGUCUGCAGCAGUGGGCACGUGGUCUUAUACGUGCGACACUUGCAAGACCCGCGACCUCGCUUCUGGACCUUGGCAUGGUCGACACCACGGAGGCCACACCCAUUUGGUGAGGUGGUGGCACUGUGCACGGACCCCCUGGGCACUAGGGUUGUCCUCGUCACUUCUGGUAGUGCUCUGUUUGUCUGGGACAUCACUUCAUUUCUGAAUGAACACACACACAGUGCCAACAGGAAUGUGGUGGACGACACGCAGUCAAUUCAUCUUUCUAGAGACCGAGGUGUGCCCACAUGUGUCUGCUGGUGGCAGACUCUGAAGGGUGUGUCCGUGGCUGUUGUUGGCACAGAGCUGGGAGAACUGCGCUUUGUAGACCUUCAGUCGAAAACUCAGCUGGCUUCUACGGCCAUCGGGCGUGCCAUAGUGGAUGUGCACAUCGUGAGCGCCGUUCGCAACAUCAGCCAUCUUCUUGUGACCGACGUUGACCGACAGCACUGGCAUCUGCUGCUAGAGGACAAAGCCAGCAAUCAUGAUUGGCUCCGGGGCGGUCACUUGCCGGUCAUCACUGCUGUUGGUGCUGCCGGUGCUGCCACGUCUGAGUGGCGACUGUGGUCAUCGACUGAUCGUGAAGAUGCGAUGGCUGGCCAAGACAAGAGUCCACCCCAGCAGCCUCGUCGUGUGUCCAAGCUCGGCCGAGACACACUGCUGGAUAAACAGACCGUCCAGGGCCGCCAGUGCCUGCUCGUACUGGAUGCAGCCUCAGGCCAGCUCGAGCUUUACGAUGGUGGGGACGUGGCCCGUCGAGCAUCGUGCCUGUACAGUGUGCCUGUGAUGAAUGCACGCCAUGUGGUGUUGACGGACCAGCUGCUGGUUGUGGCUGCCGGUGGCGAGACUGGAUCGCCCGACACUCAACUACACCUGUUCUCCAAAAGUGCCCUUGAUUUCGCCAGCAUUACCACAAAGAAGAAAGAGUGCAUCGAUCCCGUACUACAGAGGAUCGUCAUCAAAGAGCCUGCCUUGGCGAUUUACCGUUGCGCAAGGCCUCGUUACCAUUUGCAGGCAGCAUUUACAGCUGGAACUGAUGCUGUGAAUGAGAACCUUAAGGAUGCUGAUGAAGUGUCACUGACCUCAGAGACCUUUCUGGAAGGCUUCUACGUGGUGACGCGAUAUGGCAUUUAUGCCUGCAAGUCCAAGUGUUCAGUGGAGCGUCUGUUCCUGAGUUUUACGAGCUCCCCCUCGGCACUGUCCUCGGCUGAGCACCUGGGGGCCCUGUUGAACCUGGACAUGUUCUUCCUUUACGAGGCAGCCGCGGAGGCACAGCUCGUGCGUGGACAGUUUCCACAAGCCGUACGUCUCUACCAAUUGUCCAAGUGUCCUCAGCUGAAAAGGGUGGCCCACUUCGCAAGCCGGGGCUUCCUCUCGGAGCUGCUGGCCUACGUGCAGGUGCUGUUUGGCACCAGGGCCUCCGAGAUACCUGCACCUGACCGGGUCCACUUUGCCAAUGUGGCUGCCCUGGGAUUUGUGCAGCAGGUGCUGAGCAAACGCCAUGCCACGGCCGACCGCGACGCCGUCCUCCAGGCGUUCAGGCACUUCCUGCGAGAGAACUUGUACUAUGAUGCGUCUGUCGUGAUGCGGAUGCUGUCGGAGCAGCGCCUCUACGAGCUGCUCUACCACUGCGCUCAGCUGCGUGGCCAGCGGCGCCUGAUGGUGGAGCAGCUGGUGCACUUUGACCCCAGCCUGGCCUUGGACCCAACCACGUGCGCUGCUCUUGCCAGCCGAGGUUACGGACACCUUUUGCAGCAGGCCACACACGAGUACUUCCCGGUGUGUGUGACGGACCCGGACCUGCUGCUUCCCCUGUCGUGUGACCUGUCGCUACUGGGCACACAUUUGCGGUUACUAGCCGACUUGUUGCCGCGCCUGGAACCUGACCUGGUGCAGCGGGUGGCCAGGAUGUAUGAUGCGUCACGGCCCGGCCCAGCCCUAGCUUUGCGAAGAAUCCUCCUCGCAUCAUCGAGGCAGGGCCGCUACCCUGGCUCCUCUUCAUCUCUUUCGACGGAUUCGCUGGACUUGACACAAUCGGAUGACGACGCGGUCAACGAGGAAGACGUAGUCAAAUUCAUGAUCUUUGUGCUGCUGAUGCUGAACCGGCGUCGGUCCAAAAACCGGGGCUAUGAUGAACAGCUGCUGAGGACCGGCUUCUUCACACCCUCGGCACCAUCCAGUGUGAAGCGCACAGCCUCCCAAGAGCCCGAACGUUACGUGGCCUGCGGCCAGUCCCACUGUGGCUUGGUGGUACGGGGCAAGGCCUACACCUGGGGUCGAGCUCAGUUUGGCAGACUGGGUCACCGGGAGAGCCACAAGGAGAUCCUGGGUGUCACGUGCGUCGAGGUGCUCGACAACCUGAGGGUCAAGGUGACGCAGGUGGCCUGUGGCACCCACCACACCCUCUUCAACACCGAUGCAGGCGUGUUUUCGUGUGGUUCAUCGCGAUAUGGCCAGCUGGGCCUGGGCAAUGUGCAGAGAACUUGGGUGCCUCACCUGGUGGACACCCUGGCUGGCAGGGAAGUCGCCAAGGUGGCUACAGGACUCUACCACUCACUGGCGGUCACCAAGGAUGGGAGCCUCUUCACCUGGGGCUGGGGAGUGCAUGGCCAGCUCGGGCACGGCAGCUGUGCCGACGAGAGGCAUCCUCGGCCAGUGGCCAGCCUGGCUGACCAUAAGAUCAUCGAUGCCUACGGGGGCUGUGGUCACUCGGCAGCACUGACCUCGGAAGGUGUGGUGUUCACCUUUGGAUGCAACCUUUUUGGCCAGCUGGGACUGGGCCGUACACCCAAGAAGAGCAACCCCCAACGGCUUGACCUCAGCGAACCCGUGCGACUGCUCUGCUCGGGAUUCUUCCAAGUGCUGGCGCUUCUGUCAUCAGGGCGCCUGCUGACAUGGGGUGCCAACCCUCAGAGCCUGCGGCUGCAGGCACAGUCGUCGCGUCGCUCGCGCCUCCAGGCGGUAGUAGCACAGAACGAGCUGCUCUCCUCCCUGGCAGGGGGACCCCACGGGGGAAACCUGCGACACCCGGCAUCGGCUGCAGCUGCUGCGGCACUGCCCGCACCCGGCACCAGCCCCAUGGCACAGGCCCUGCUCCACGGCCACCAGCGCCACCUGUUGCCCACUGAGGUGGACCUGUCAGCAGUGCGAGGACCCCUGGUGGCCAUGGCCUGUGGCUCCAACCAUGCACUUCUACUUACCCAGGAUGGGGAAAUUUACGCCUGGGGUCGCAACACCGAAGGGCAGCUCGGACUGGGAAACCGGAAGGACCAGAAAAGCCCUCAGCUGGUGUCGCAUCUGGCCCAGUGCAGCAAGGUGACACAGGUGUCGUGUGGCCGAGACUUCAGCCUCGCCCUGGAUGCCCAGGGAAAGCUGUGGGCCUGGGGACAGAACGACGGUGGACAGCUGGCGUGCAAGGUGCCGACGGAGGAAGGCUCGGUGCGCCACCUGCGGGUGCUGUCAAGUCGCCUGAUCACCAUCCGCACCAGCCGCUGCCUCAUCACCAUUCCCCAGGGGCAACGCACGGGCGAGUUGAAGCCCAUCGAGGUCACUGCCAUGCCCCCAGAGAUAACCAGGCCACCCCCGGAGGACCUCGAGCAGUCGUUGCGGCAGAAGGCCUUCCAGAAUGCAUACCUGAGCCGAACCACGCUGACCUUUGACCUGGGCUCUCUCGAUGAUCCACCAUACGGUCCUGUGGCCUUGCACACUGCCUUGGAGGCAUUCCGAGGCAGCUACGAUCCUACUUCGGUUGUCAACUACUGCCAACGCUUCUCGGACUUCCAGGCUGCUGCAAAGGUCUCACUGCUCGAAGGACAGUUUGCCCAGGCCCUUCAGUACCAAUUCCAGGCUCUGAUGUUUGACCCCAAAGUAACCCGCGAGUUCCUGACGACAAAUGCUGUGGAGGCCAUCACCUACUACCUGGGACUCAUUGACAAGGAGAAUAGUGAAGUCAACUUUGGCUUCUUUGAAAAUAUGGUGAGCUUCUGGCAAGAGGAGGAACUCCCCGUGACACCACUAGAGCAACUUUUUCAGGCCAACCUUCCGGACAUUGGCUACUCUCUUGGCCUGGUUUUGUUCAGCAACGAGCGGGAGGUGGUGUCCCAGUUUGUGUCGCGCCUGUCGACCGGACUCUGCCUGUCGCUGGCGGCCGCCAUGCGCGACCGGGUGACCUCUGGCCAACCCCACGGGGAGCUGAUUGGGGUGCUGCUCGAGAAGUCCGGCACGGCCGCUCUGUCUGCUCAGAUCCGACUGGUGGACGAGAGUGCUGGAUGGGAGCCUGCCGUGCCACCACAGCGCCUCUGGGAGCAGCUGGUGCGCAGCCUCGGACACGGCAUCCGGCGCAAGGCAGCACUCAGGCUCUCGGCCCCCGAAGUGGAGCGGCUCACACAGACGCUGCUUGCCGAACAGUCCGCGAAGGCUGGCACCUCCCCGACCGAUAAGUUGGCUGGCAAUGCCCUGGUCUUCUCGUGUGGCCACAACACGACGGCCACGGCGUUCCACGAGACAGCCAUGCCGGAGCUGGAAGACUCCCUACUGAGGCGACUGCAGCGACCCCUGCCUCUGACGGCCAAGCUGCUCACUCGCGGCUAUGCCAUGCCUGGGGUGAUUCCAUUUGCAUGUCCUCGAUGCGUCGUCAACGAGAUACGUGCCAACUGGUGAAUUGACAAGAAAUUCUGACAGGGCGUUGCUGCACCUUUGGGACAAUGUGUGCACCAUACUUUCCAGGAAUUUGGCGACGUGUUGUCUUCCUAUUAUAUUGUCAGAAUAAGUGUGUACUGAAUUCGAGGUGUCUCUUCAUUUUGUUGAACCCUACCAAUAACUGAGAAUCCUUGUCUAUCUCCUAAGGAACGCAGCGAGACUGUUUGCAUCACUUAGUGUCAAAAAGUGCUGUAGGCAAAAAAAAAAAAAACGGUUCCCCUCAUUUAAACAGUUGGUUUAGCCUGAUGAAUAACUCAGUUGACCAUUGUGGGCCACUUGACAUUCCACGUUUUUUAUAAUCUAAUAAAAACCAGAGAAAAACAUUGUUUGCAUCGCUAUUAGUGCAAGCAGUAGCAUUCAAAUGCAUUUGUCACUGACCAACAAAAAAUGCAGAACUCCCCAAGUUCACCACAUCUGACAAUUUUGUGGUGGAGGUUGUGUUCCUUUGAUAGUAAAGUGCAUCACUUCUUAUUUGAGCUUCAUGUGAACAGGAGAGAAGUCUGGCUGUCUCGAUGGCACUUAAUUCGUACUUCCCGUGCUCAUGGGGCAGAACAAAGCAAAAGAAUCGUGGAUAUUGCUUCAAUAAUGAAUGCAUAAAAGAUGCUGCAUGCUGCCACAUUAAUGAAGUGCUAAUUUCUCUGAGCAGUGUGUCAGUGGUGCUUACUUAAUCAGCUUCUGGUGAAGCCAUGUGUUUAUGACAGCCAGUGUUCAUUGCAAAUGCUUUGCACGAGCAUGCAAUAACUUUUUGACUGUGAUGUUCUUAAAUAGCGUGGGUGGUUUUCGAUGAGACGAGAGAAAAAACACUCUUUCCCAUAACUUUUUUUGACAUUCUUUAAGGAGACCAGUGAACAAGGUUAAGGCUUUUGUGGGGCUUCGAGUUUAAUUUAUGGUAAGGAGGUCAUCAUACAAGUAACUUUUUUGCUGAAACUUAACAAUGAGCCCAAAUCUCGUGUGUUGCUCCAUUUGUAAGAUGAAUUCAUUGGGAUUUGUGGGCAAGUCUAUCUUGCAACGGGUUUCUGUGAACCACUGAAGGUGCUUAGCAGUCAUAUUAUUGGUGCCAGAAGGCUAGGCUCUCUCCCAGGUGAGCACUUCUGUGCAUGGCCUCAGUACCUAGUACAGUAUGAGAGAAAGCAGCUCUGUUUGCACUCAAAAGGUCAUCACAGUGGCUCUCUGCUAAACAUAAAUGUCUUGUGACAUUUGUCAACACUAGUCAGCAGGAAAGUUGCAAUGUGCGUGUUAACGUGUCAACAUUAAAACCAUGAAGUUACAAGCAACAAUUGCUCAAAAACUCUCUGCCUUGCUGCUUACACCUGUUCUGAAGUGGUGGAGCAGGAUAUUGAAGUUAUACCAACUGAUUUCGUAGUACAACUCAAAAAUUCAAAGCUUAGGUUUGGUUAACUUAAGUUGUGUUUAAAUUAGGUUCAGUCAGAACCUAACCUAACCAAACAUAACCUAACAUAUCCCAAAAUACUAACUUAACAAAGGGGACAGCUGCCCUUAGUUAGUAUUUUUCUUUGCUGCAUGGCUCGUUGCACCCUAAAAUACUGUUGAGCAAGUGUAAUGAUACUGAGAUGAGAAGAAUGACAGAUGCACUGCUCAUUUCACACUCAUUUCACAGACACUUGCGAGGGGCAAAUUCUUCGUAACUAACAGCUCGAAAAACACAAACGAAGGCGUGUAGUGGGCCCGGCACAGCGUUCACUUUCAACUGAACUUUUAUUGAAAAAUGAUAACAUAUGCAACAGAUCAACAGAACACCUCAUGUUCCCCAAUUAACAAAUAAAUUACACUGCAUACCCAAGCACGGUCAGGUGAACGUAUAUACUGUAAGGAUUAAUAUGAGUAAAAAGGGAGUAACAAAAACGUAACCAAUAAAACCCAGCACGAGAUCCCAAAUUACCUUCGUCCACUGUCUAAUAUGAAAACUUCAUUAUUCAGUAAAGCAAUGGGUGGUUGACUGACACAUGGAGAUCCUUUCUUGUUUAUCAUAAAUGACUCCGUAAUAUUUCUUGAUAGCUUGUCUGGGUGCAUGAAGAGCAUGUUUGCUUUAUCAUAAAAAUUCACUUGGAAUCUCAGCGCUGUGCCGUGUCUUCUUCUCUGUUUUUCGCCCUGUUAGCCAUCAUUAAUCUGCUCCAACUUGGCCAGUUUUCCAUCUUGCUUAAACGGUGUCAUUUUAAUUCAAUGCAGAGUACAAAUGUCAAUGACUUUAGGCGAGUGCAUUUGAACACCCAGUGAGUGCGAGUGGGUGUUAGCGACCGUAGAAGAAGUUGCACAGAAUGGGAACGAGUUUUGGCGAGUACGAAUGGGCACAACUAAGAGCGUGAGUGAGUCUCGAUUUGUUUGCGCUCAUAUAACUCCUUCGCAUUGAGGUGUGUACACUGGAUGAAGAAAAUGUGUAGCUUAUAGAAGUGAAUACCCCUCGUUCUGUCAACCUGUGUUUUCUAGUCCCUUCAGUUCCUUGUAACUAUGUUAUUUUCAGCGCCAGUAUAUCUGAACAAGGUGUGGAACUUUUCUGCUGCUAUCGGUUUGAUGCAUGCUUAAAUGUACAUAGAAAUAACAUAUUGUAGCAGCAGUAGUGUGACACACUUAUGUAAUGUUGGUGCUGAAAACAAAGGUAACCUAAUGCAGAACUAUUCGAGUGCUAUCUAGGCUUGUACGAAUAUUCGAAUGCUUCGAAUAUUCGGACUAAUACUAUGGUAUGCGAAUUCGCUUCGACUGAAAUUGAAAUUGUUGAAAAUUUCUCGAAAUGAAUGAAUAAGUGUAUACUAAACUGCAUGUAAAUUACUGUAAAGGUGGUUUUACUGCACUGUUGUUCCAAGCUGUGAAAGCACCUUUGGAGGGGAAAUCCGCGCAGUGCCACUGUUCGAAGCCUUACUUGAUGGUUAAAUGAACACCACACUUUCACAUUGAUUCGUCAUUCUUAAAGUUUAAUGGCUUGUUAUACCGGUUUAUAUGCUGUAAAUAUAGUAAAUUUUAAAAGGAAUGUAAGUCGCAGGUUAUCGUUUGCAUUCUACAGGAAGUCAAAUCCUUUCAAAGUUGUUUGAUAUUCCUUUGGGCUGAAAAAAUGGCAUUUUCACAAACCUUGUCUCAAUUUUUUUAAAAUACUGCGCAGGUUUUUAGGUCAUAACAAAUAUGCCCAUUUCACUUUUUAAUAUGUGAUAUAUACUAUAUUUGAAUUCGAUUCAAAAUUAUUUGACCAAAAUCACUAUUCGUUUUGAAUUCCCUGCAGACCUAAAAUUCGCUAUUCGCACAAGCCCAGUGCUAUUCCUUGCCUUUUAAUUUGUGCGCAUACAAUUUGUGCGUACACGUCUGCUUUGUAAAUACUUGUUGCAGGACUCUUAUAGCUAGUACACUGCGCAGUGUUAUGGAUAUCUUAGCAGCCAUGUCAGCAACAGUGCAGUGCGCAUCGUUGCGGCAUGGCGUUAGCAAGGAUACGUUUAUGUGUGAAUGAGGACAUGCAAGCUGUAGAAUGGUCUUCUCAGUGAGAAGAUGCAGCAGAGAUUAGAGUUCGAAAUUCGUAACGAGCGUUGCUGCUUAGAUACUGUUAUUGGGAAGACAUGGAGGACAAAGCUUAUUUGAAAAAGGUGUUUAGUGGCCAAGCCGGGAUGUUCUCUAUACUGUAGUGCUUGUUUUUUCUCUCGACUUCAAUGGUAGAUCUAAUUCAACAGGCCUGAAGAAUUGAAGGUUCAAAUCUUGUUAUAAUGAAAGCCAUGUUGUCACCUUGGCAGUGUAAUAUUCGCAGCACUUAUUUUUUUUUUUGCUUUGCCCCUUAACCACUUGGCUCAUCCUUGCUGAACUAUGGCCAAACCAUUGUCAACGAGUGUGGCUCAUCUGUUUGAGACGACACCUCCCCAUGAGCGUUUUGAAUGAGACUUGCCCAUUUCCAGAUGUCGCUACACAGGUGGCAGCAUUUGCUUGUUUUAUUUUAAUUUCAAUUUCACAUUUUUUGUGACUUGUGUUUGAAAAUGUUGUCCAGCAAAGGAGAUGUGUGUGUUCUUUGUGCAUCAUCACGCAAAAGAAGACUUUCAUCACCAUACAGGUUAUCAGGUGCCAUUCAAAUACCUAAGUUUGCUUUGAUGACUUGACGUACUAUAUGUGCCUGUUUCUGGAGGGUGGAGUAGACCAUGGGACAAUAAACUUUGUUAUGAUACUUUGA